GCGGAGCAGCGCGGCGGGGAUGGCGCCGUCCUUCCGGCACGGCAAGGGCCGCGCGCCCAGGGGCGGCUCGGGCGGCGCGGAGCCGCGCGCGGACAGGAGGGCGCGGAAGCCGCUGGUGGAGAAGAAGCGGAGGGCGCGGAUCAACGAGAGCCUGCGGGAGCUGCGGCGGCUGCUGGCCGGCGGCGAGGCGAAGCUGGAGAACGCGGAGGUGCUGGAGCUGACGGUGCGGCGGGUGCAGGCCGUGCUGGAGCGCCGCGCGCUCGAGGGCGGGCGGCUGCACCGCGAGGCCAGCGAGCGCUUCGCCGCCGGCUACAUCCAGUGCAUGCACGAGGUGCACACCUUCGUCUCCGGCUGCCCCGGCAUCGACGCCACCACGGCGGCCGAGCUGCUGAACCACCUGCUGGAGUCCAUGCCGCUCAACGAGGGCGGCCUGCGGGACUUGAUGGCGGACGUUCUGGCCGAGCCUUGGCCGGGCGGCGAGGCCGCGCUCCCGCUGGCCGAGGCGGCCCUGGGCCCGGCGCUGCCCUCGCCGUCGUCCGGCGAAGAGACGUGCUCCGACUCGGACGAGGCGGAGGCCGAGCCGGGCCGGACCCCCGCCCUCGGACUGGAGGCGGCGCAGACGCGCGGCGUGCCCUCGCCCAAGUCCAUGUGGAGGCCGUGGUAACGCUGCGAGCGGCGGGGCAGCGCCUCGGGAUUGGAACGCGGCCCUCCUGUCACCCCCGCCGGGCUCACGGCUGAACGAGAGCCGUCGCGGCGCGUGGACGGCGUGCGUGCGCGGCGGUUUGUAGCUGGGGGGCGUUUGUCUGAGAGUGGGGGGACGGGAUGGGGAGGAGGGAGUUUUUUUAGUAGCGAAGCUCUUUGGAUGCACAGCCGUGGUCUCUUAACCCUGCCUCAUCCUCUUGGCCCCUAUAAGUGGCCCAGAUAACGCUCACUACCUUGUUCUCUUAAGAAGAAGCCCUCGUGUGGUUUAGAUCCUGACGGGUAGCUCCGUGAGAGGCUCAAUCUGCACGGACCCCUGAAAGGGACUCACGGAGCAGCUGUGCGUGGCAGCAGCCCAGCUCUUGCCUUCAGGGAAGGAAGAGCAGCAGGAGCUGCUGGAGCUCUGCAACCAUCCAGGACUGAUGGCGGGGUGCCUUUAGAAAUGAGCAUCUUGAUUCACGUUUUGCUUUUAGCACAUUUGAGUUCAUUGUGACUUUAUGUAUAUUAGGGUAUCAAAUCAAGUGGUUUUUUUUAUUUUUAAUCUUUAAUAAAAAAAAACUGAAUUCGCAGUGAUUUCAUGGAUUUUUUUGCAUUGUGCUGCAUCUUAACCAGGAACGAAAGUAUUUCUGUGUCUGGGGAGCAGUGCUGCUAAUUAAUCACUUAGUUCACAUACUGAGCAUUGUUAGCUUAAGUAUUGGAGUUGAUGUUACUGCACUGAGUGGCACACAGUGAUCUGUGCCCCAGCUGCACAUUACUUGCUCCCUUCUCACAGCAGUGUUGGUGCAGCUGCAGUCCUGAUUCCAGAGGCAUUGGACACAUUGGUUUUGUUUUCGAAUGCAGGGUUGGUUGGAGCAUGUAGAGGAUGGGGAAAGUAUUUCUGAAGAGGGGAAAAAAUAGCUUUAAGGGAGUAGACUUCAGCACUGCUCUACAUGAGAUCUGAUCCCUUUUACGUCCCUGCUGGGAGAUGCCAGGUUAUUUGUCCUGCAAUACCACCUUCCAGAGAGCUGGCACUCUAAGGCGAGAAACAAAAACAAUUGUUAAGUUUCUUAAUACAUGGAAGUUCCCAAACAUAGAACAACCAAGAAAGGAAGCAACCUAACCACCAGGGGAUGAGACCU